AUGUCGAGCAGCUCUUGGACGCCAGUAAAAGCGCUCGUCGGAGCCUCCAGGCGCUCGUUCUCAGCCAAAGCAGGUGCUGGUGGCAUCUCGGGGCCCAGGAUCACAGGCGCACUGCGCUUUUACAAAGACGUGGGCGUCCAGGACGUCGAUGCUCCACUUGGCUACCGUUACGCUGUGACCCUGGACAGCAAGACCGUCAAGACGCCUAAACAGCAGCCCCUCCGGCUUCCUACGCGCGCAAUGGCGUUUGCAGUAGCGCACGAAUGGGACGCACAGAAGCACGACAUCCGUCCCGCCACGAUGCCCAUCAUGACGCUGGCAUCCACGGCGCUGGAUCUCUUGCUGACGUCCAGUAGCCAGGAGGCGAUUGACGAGAUGAUGCACUACUUGCACACGGACACAGUGUGUUACCAGGUCACAUUGGACCAGCAAGAACAGCUUGUGGCUCUGCAGCAGAAGAAGUGGAAGCCCAUUCGCAAGUGGUUCAGCGAUACAUUUGGAGGAGGCGACGUGGAUGUGAGUCACGGCGGUAUCAAUCCACUGACUCAUGACGAGCAGCUGGUAGCAAACGUCCGUGCGUACUUGGAAAAGCUGAACGACUUUGAACUUGCGGCCGCGCGGACAUUGACGAAGGAGUGCAAGUCUUUGAUCACGGCGUUGGCUGUAUUUACACGUCACAUUACGACGAAAGAAGCGAUCGACGUUUGCCGCUUGGAGGAGGAGUUCCAGAUCACCAACUGGGGUGUGGUGGAGGGUGGGCACGAUCUUGACCGCGUGAACUGUGCUGUGAAACUCUCGAGUGCGUCGUUGCUGCUGUACUUGCUAGAAAACAAGGACUAG